AUGUCCUAUAGCACAGAAACUUGUGUUGGGACUUGGUUGGAGCUUGAGAUGACUAAGAAGAAGUUGGAAACUCUGAUGGGGAAAAUGAGAGGUUUAAGUCUUGUGUGUCUUGGAGGUUGCUUUGAUAGCUGCUAUGACCACACUCAAGCUUAUGGAUUAGGGACAAGGAUCUGGAACUUAAGUGAUCGACCAGUGGAGCUGCAGAUAAGGGUGGGAUCACUACUGAAGAAAGUUCACACUUUGAAGCCAGGGUCUUGUAAGAGACUGAGAAGUAAACGCAUAUACAAGGCUUAUAUGCCUGGUAAGAGUGGCAAUGAUGGUGGGGGAUUGAAGAGCUUGCUUUAUUACUAUGAUGAAACUUGUCACCCUUAUGUUUGGAUUCAGGACAAAGGGGGUGAUUCCUUGAGGAUGGUUAAACAGCAGUAUAUUAGUCUGGAGGAUUUGAGGGAUUCUUCUGAGAUCAGGAUCUUAAGGGAUCAUCAGAGAGGUUGCAUUUCAGUUCUCAAGAGAAAUAGGCCAGAUUUCUGCUGA